AGAGAUGGCAUGUAUGGGUGCUGAGAAGUAUCUGAAAGGUCCCUCAUAACUGACUGAGUGGAGAGGGCUUCCAUCAGCAUGUCCCCAAAGCCUGCCACCUAGUGGGAUGUUCUUUCACACCAAAAAUGCAAAAAUGUCCCCAUGUGGAAAUAAUGCACAGGCUGAUUUUUUUUCCAGACUCAAAUGUUCAGCGCUCUUAAACUUUACACUAAAAACUUGAGCUGUCACUGGUCCUACAAGUCUGUGUUUCAUUUUAGGUCAGUUUCUGGUCAUUUCACUCUACACCAGGAGUGGCCAACCCGCGGCUCUUUGCCUGGUUUCAUGCGGCUCUUACGUUCAUAUCGAAGUUUGUGUUUUUUUUAUGUGCGUGUUCGCUUCGCUUGAGUUCAAUACGGUAUUUUCGUCAAAUGCGCAUGUGCUUGAGAUGAAAAUCGUCAACUACAUCCGCACACUUGCGCUUAACCACAGGCAAUUGAAGAAUCUCAUCGCUGAGCUGGACCAAGGGCUUCCAGGUGACCUGCCGCUGCACUGCACUGUGAGGUGGCUGUCAAAAGGCCAGGUACUCUCUCGCUUCUUUGAGCUUUUGGAUACCGUGAAACUGUUCAUGGAAGAGAAGGACAAUGACUAUCCCGAGCUCUCGGACCUCAAGUGGAUCAUGGAUCAGGCCUUUUUGGUCGACAUGCUGUGUCACUUGGACAGACUGAACCUGAACCUGCAGGGUAAGUUAAAAAUGCUGCCUGACCUGGUGCAAAGUGUGUUUGCGUUUGUCAACAAACUGAAGCUGUUCAAGGCGCAUAUUCAAAAGGGAGAUUUAACGCAUUUUCCCACUCUGCCAAAAGCAAAUAUUGUGUUUUCUACCCUGAAACACGUGAAAUCAAAGCAUCGAUCUGUUCUGACUGACACCCAUGUGAAAGAAUUGCUUCGAGUGGCAACAACGGAAUACAAGCCAGAUUUGAAGAGGAUUGUUCAAGGCAAGGAAUGCCAGAAGUCCCACUAAGCAACAUGCAUAGUAAAAGAAAAACGCUAUUGUAAAUUAUUAAUUUUUGUUUGUGGACUUGGUUGAACUCAGAGUUUGUGUGUGUGAGACAGUGUACACAAUGUUCAUUGUUGAAAAUGACUGGCCUGUGGUCUUAGUACUGUAGGAGUCCAUUUCUGACAUUAUCAUGUUGGUGUGUGGCAUUUACAACAAAUCUGGCUGAGCAGUGUGUGUGUGAGAGGAAGGGAUGGGUGAUGUUCAUGUGUGCGCAUGUGUAUGAUGUGGCUCUUUGCGGUAACACAGUAAAA